GAGAGGAGCGUCACCCUCCUACGGGUCGGAAUCGAUAUUUUUAGCGUCUGCUUCGUGUUGCAGCAGCGUCAGAAGCUGCUUCUCCUCUUCGGUCCUCAGUGCGACAGGAGGGCUACGUGACACCACUGCACCGACCGAGCGUGGACGAUAGAGGGGAGAGAAAACAGAGCAGAGACUUCCCAACAUCAGCUCAGUAUCACCGUCCCCCUCUCACAUGGCCAGUCCCGAGCAGAGCCACCCCGAGCCAGCCUGCCUGGAGGCGCAGAAAUGGAUAGAGGCUGUAACAGGGAAGAGCUUUGGAAACAAAGACUUCCGCAGUGCGCUGGAAAACGGCAUCCUGUUAUGCGAGCUGCUGAGUGCAAUAAAACCAGGACUGGUCAAGAAGAUCAACAGACUGCCCACCCCCAUCGCUGGGCUGGAUAACCUGUCAGUCUUCCUACGAGGAUGUGAGGAGUUGGGCUUGAAGGGCUCCCAGCUGUUUGACCCUGGAGAUUUACAGGACACUUCCAUACGAGCUAAUUUCAAGGACUCUGACUGCACCCGCAAACUAAAAAAUGUGCUGAACACUGUUUUCUGGCUGGGAAAAGCUGCCAGUGGCUGUGCCUCCUACAGUGGACCUAAUCUAAACCUCAGAGAGUUUGAAGGCCUUCUUGCACAAAUGAGGCUGGAUAGCGAUGAUUGUGGUGACAGCUCCCAAAAACGCAGCGUCCGAGACAGCGGCUACGACUGCUGGGACUCGGAGAGGAGCGAAUCUCUGUCUCCGCCACGACAUACUCGGGACAACUCCCUGGACAGUCUGGAUUCGUUUGGUUCACGCUCCCAGCACAGUCCCUCUCCUGAUGUUGUGAAUCGAGGCAACAGUGAUGGACGAGGCAGCGACUCGGAGGCUGAUGCUCCCAGCAGGAAACCAGAUGUGCGGAAAGAUGACAUGUUGGCCAGAAGAACAGCCAGCAGUGAAUCCCGAUGCCCAGUCCCCUUUAACCAGUUCCUUCCAAAUCGAACCAACGCCAGUUGUUAUAUCCCGGCACCACGACGGAAACAAAACGUUGAAGAGGGAGAGCAACGGAGUCACCUUCAAACCACACCAGAACAGUUCAAAAGAACGGGAAUGCACCACAAAACCCCCAAGAUGGUGACUUGGGCACUGGAAAACAAAGGUGAACAAGUAAAACAGGAAGCGGACUUGGAGGUUUUGGAGGAGAGGAGGUUGGAGAAGUUGAAGAAGGCAGGAAUCAGAGUCCUUCCUGCUGCUGCUCGUUACAACAGCGCUCCCAUAAUGGAGGAACAGGAAGUGAGGUCACCAUCUCCACCAAACAUUAUUCUUCGCUCGGAAAACGAAUUUUUGAGCUCUCACAAUUCGGCCUGCGACUCCUCCUCUGAGGGGGAGCAGGAACCGGAGGGGCGGAAGGUUCCUGAUGUUCAUAGGGAUGAUUUAGCGUCUCGACGAGUUCACCGGAGCCCAGCUAACUCCAGGGUUCACCAGUUUGUCCCGCCUCCUGUGUGCACCAACAAGGACAGAGAGCGCUGGGAAGGCAUCAGGCGAGCUUCACAGCAAACCCUGCAGGAGAAGGAGCUCAGUGAGAAGGAAGCAGUCUCUGACAUCAUAACUCGUAAAGAGAAUCCCUUCCUGAAGGUAGAUCGGGAUGAGGAAGAAGAAGAGGGGAAAGAUGAGGCAGUGCCUAACAGGCAGAGGGAUGACCUGGCUCGUAGGCGGGGCCAGAUUAGGCCCCUCCCUCAGAAGGACGGACCAAUCAGCUUUGUUUCAUCCUCCAUGAGCCAAGCAGAUAUGCAGAAAUGGGAGAGACUGAGGAUGACUGAACCAAGCGAGGAUAGGCCAGCCCCUGUGUGUCAAGCUUGUCUGCAGAAAACUUAUGGAAGACCUGUCAGCGAAUCAGCUAAAGCUGGACGAGGUCACAGCAGAGUAGUGACCUUUGGGGGCGUGACUGAGAUCGAGCAGCCGACAGACAAAGUCAUGUCGGGAGGAGGGGAGGAGACGGAGUUGCUUAGACGACUCCCUUCCAAGGCAACAGUAGCCAUGCCUACCACUGGCCUGGCCUCCCAGCUUUCAGAGCGGGAAUGCAGCGGUCUCAUGGAUGGACCUGUUCCCAGUCUAGCCACCCCUCCUUCUGUGGAUCUCCAAACCUGGACCACGAAGUCCUCCCCUACUCCUGCUGAGAUAGAUGCUCGUUUUGCUCAGUACAAGCAGAGAGCUGAAGAAGAGGAGGAGGAGGAAGAAGAGGACAGGAUCCCUGAUCUUCAGAAAGAUGACAUGAUGGCCAGGAGGACAGGGAUAUUCCAGAAACAAACAACCGGACCAGCAGGUUACAACCGUUUCCUGCCUUUGCCUGGCUCAAAGUGGUGCAGCCGAGGAGAGGCUACUGCUGCUGCUUCUUUUAACAAAAAGGAAGCACAGGCAGAAAAAAGCGAGGGGCUCAGCACCAGACUUCUCUACCUUAGAGUGGAUAACCAGCAUCUCAGAGUUUCCCAAGAAAUGCCUCAACACCAAAAUGACCCUACGGUGAUCAGAGCAACGUCUCAAACAGAAAGUGAAGACGAAGACGAGCAUGAUGCAAUGGAUCAUGGCCCUGACCCGGAGAAAGAUGACAUGAUGGCUCGAAGAACCAGAUUGUUACAGAAACCAGGUGUGAUCAGAGGAAAUCCCUGCUGCAAUCAGUUCCUUCCGGUCCCUGGAUCGGUCAAAUGCAACAUCAGCUCAGUGUCUGCAGGGAAGCAGUCAUGCAGCGGGUCUAAACUCACAGAAAACACAGGCAGAGAAAGCAGCGUUGUUACCAUGGCAGUAGAACAUGAAGCCUCGCCCUUCAAAGCCCCAACCAGCCUGAGGUGUCCUGGGUUGAUAGGGAAGGAAAAGCUAGAAAAGAGAGAAACUGUGAUGGUCCAUAAUGCUGCUGUGAGCGAAGUGAAUGAACCAUCAUUAUCAUCCUCCUCCUCUUCACUCAUACCUCCUCCCAGCAUUCCCUCGACUCAAAUCUGUAAAGCAGAGGAAGAGUUGGAGGCUGGAAGAGAGGAGGAGAAAAACAGUGAUGGGAAUCUGGAAGUGGAAAAGAAACCAUCUUGGACAGAGGAUGAUCUUCCUCCAAUGAUGGUGAGCCGACGUGUUGCUUUUCUGUUAGACAUUGAGAGUGUGAGUAUGGGUGACAUGGCCAGUGAAGAAGAGGUGGAACAUUUACCUUCGCUGAGCCCAUCACGGCCUGAGCGCAUGCAUCAACAAUGUAACGCUUUUUUGGAAGAGGAGGACCACUGGCAGGAUGACCUGGCUCGCUGGAAGAGUCGCCGUCGCAGCGCAUCACAGGAGCUGAUUAAAAAAGAAGAGGAAAGGAAGAGAAUAGAGAAGAGGAUGAAGGAGGAUGGAUCAGACAGCAAUAAGAGGAAGAGCAUUAAGACCUACAAGGAGAUUGUAGAGGAAAAAGAACGUAGAGAAGCCGAACUGUGCAAAGCCUACAGAAAUGCAGCGAGUCCAGAGGAGGCAGCUUUGGUUUUGCAACGUUAUGCUCUUCGUUUCACCAUCAGCGACGCAACACUGGACAGCCUGAAGCUACCCAGAAGCACCAACAAACCCAAUAAGGACCGAAACCAGACAGAGCUGGAACACAAACCAGCAUCAGAUGUAGAUAACUCAGAGACACUGAACCAUACGACCACACUGGAAUCAGAGGUUUUAAUAAAACAGGAGCCCUCGUUAGCUGCCGACGUAAACACAGAGGGUACACAUGAAAAAGAGAAACUUGGUGUCAUCAACACCAGUUGUUUGACACCAGAGACCAACUCACUAAUAGAGAAGCCUCAAUCAGAACCACUUCCUGAUCUACCUUCCCAUAUGACAGAGCCACAGCCUGAGCCUCAAAAACCGUCGGACACAGCAGCAUCACAGCCACAGUACGAGUGUGCUCAGCCUCAACCUGCACAACCCAAUCAGAUUCUCCCCUCUCCUCUGUCUGCACCUUCCAGACCCCUCCCCCUGCUGGUAGCAAAGCCCUACUGCCCGCCCAAGAGCUCUCCCUUUGGACACAAACCUGUCCAGGUCCAAACGAUGGACGAACCGGUGCGGGUAAAUGGAGAAACGACAGAGGAUUUCCCGUCCCCUCAGGACUCACUACAGGAAGACAAAGAUGUUUCCUGCAAACAGACAGAACAAUCCGAUCCUCCAGAAGAGACUGUGGAAAGUCCAAAAACUGCAGAGCAGCCGGAACCACUGCAGAAGGAACAGUCAGCCCCAUCCUCAGGCUCUGCCAUCAGCUCCCUGAUGGCAGGAAGAAACUGUAUCAUCAGAACCACAAUUGUGACAGAGCUUACAAAGACCCAUGUGGAACCGCUUAACUCAGAGGUCCAGAACAGCGGACAGGUAAUCAAAGAUUUAUUUCAUUUCAAUGUAACUCAGGAUGGGACUAGUGAACAGUUGGAGACGCCAGCAGAGGAAGAGAAAGUUGAACUUGCACAAUCACCCACCAGCAUGCACGAAUAUUCUCCCGCUGUGUCAGAGGGGCUAGAGGAGAGCAGUGUGACCAUUGAGACCCCCAUGUUGAACUUGGCUAAACGUGUUAAUCACUGGGUCUGGGACCCCAAUGAGGAGCGUAAGCGCUUGGAAAGGUGGCAGCAGGAGCAGGAGCGCCUCCUAAAGGAGCAAUACCAGAAAGAACAAGAGAAGCUAAAGAAAGAGUGGGAAAAGGCCCAGCUGGAGGUGGAGGAGGAGGAGAGAAAACACAACGAAGAGGAAAGACGAAUUCUAGAAGAGACUGUUGCACCUCUCAGUCCCUCUGCCUUGAUGCAGAAGUGGUCAGAAAACACAACUUCUUAUGCAGAAGAAAACAACAACACCGCAGACGGAGAAAAUGUGUCUCUGCAGCAAAAUGGACAGAAAAUCCCAUCCGGAAGUCAGGAUCAACAUUCAUCCAAGCUGCAUUUUUUCCAGGACUCUGGAUUUGAAGAUCAGGCUCCAAAUAAACAGGAAAUGUGGAAGACGGCAUCUCUGGACCGCGGCCCUCAGCUGAACCAGACACAAGCUGUUAGGAGAUCAGGAUCACAUGAUGCUGUAACGAGUAACCGGGACCUCUCUCCUUCAUCGGUCCAGCCUCCGUCACACAGCAGGUGCGUCAGUGGGAAGCGACUCUGUUCUGGAUGUUCAAAACCUCUGGGAAGAGGAGCUGCUAUGAUCAUCGACACUUUGGGGCUGUUUUUCCACAUGCACUGUUUUAAGUGUGGAGUAUGCAAAGGACAGCUGGGUGAUGCCAUGGCAGGGACUGACGUCAGGAUUCGCAAUGGACUGUUGAGCUGCUAUGAGUGCUACAUUGCAUCUAGAGGCAGAGGUCAGCCCACUCCUCUAUAAGACGGCAGACGGGAAUA